UGAGAGCGCAGACAGAGCGCAGUCAUUGUGCGUGAAGGACCAUGACAGUCCGGAGCGGCAGGAGUUAGAGAAGACUGCGAACAGGACCUCUUACCUGCUGCUGAAAAACCUAAAAAAAAAAAAAAAAAAAAAGCUCGCGACGGAAACAUGCUAUGUGACAGAGAUUUGCGCGCGCGUGCUUCACUUGUGCCUUUGCGAACACCUUCAGGGAGUUCACAUGUUCCUGCUCGUCGACGACGAGGCAAUGUUUAGGCGCAGAGAGCCCAGCGGAGAGUUUGGAUGUCUGUUUCGUGGCUUGUCACAUGUAUGAGGACACGUUAUUGAAUCCGGAGACAAACAGCUACACGGAGGAGCGCCGCGAAUGUAGUCUUCAGAGAGAGAGAGAGAGAGAGAAGCGAAACGCUGUACCUGCCAGUGUCUUCCUGCGGUCAUUCUCCUGCGUGUUUUUGGUUUCUCGCAGUGCUGUGUGGGUAAAGUAAGUGGAGGAUGCAGGUGAAGAAGCACCGGGACUCGGACCGAAGCGGCGGGAACAUGCUGGAAGGAGAUAGCCUCCGAAAAAACUCCUCGUGCUUCUCAAAUAUCAAGAUAUUCUUGAUAUCGGAAUGCGCCCUCAUGUUGGCUCAGGGCACCGUCGGAGCAUACCUGGUGAGCGUGCUGACCACCCUGGAGCGGCGGUUCAACCUUCAGAGCGCUGACGUUGGAGUGAUAGCCAGCAGCUUCGAGAUAGGCAACCUGGCUCUGAUCUUGUUUGUCAGCUACUUUGGGGCCAAAGCACAUCGGCCCCGUCUCAUCGGCUGUGGGGGCAUCGUCAUGGCACUCGGCGCCCUUCUCUCAGCUCUGCCUGAGUUUCUAACUAAUCAGUAUGAGAUCGGGGAAAUGUGGAGGACUGAUGUGGGUCGGGAUGUUUGCUCCAACACCAGCAGCAUAGACGCUCAGGAGGCUGAGAACAAGGUUUGCAACAACAGGGCCAACACCAACAUGAUGUACCUGCUGCUGAUCGGAGCCCAGGUGCUGCUGGGGAUCGGAGCCACACCGGUGCAGCCCCUGGGGGUGUCCUACAUUGAUGAUCACGUGAAAAAGAAAGACUCAUCGCUCUAUAUAGGAAUCCUCUUCUCCACGCUGGUGUUCGGGCCUGCCUGUGGCUUCAUCCUGGGCUCCCUCUGCACGAAGUUCUACGUGGAUGCUAUCUUCAUUGACACUGAUAAGCUGGGUAUCACUCCAGAUGACCCGCGGUGGAUCGGGGCCUGGUGGGCAGGCUUUCUCCUGUGCGGUGCCUUACUCUUUUGCUCCGCUCUCUUCAUGUUUGGCUUCCCCCAGUCACUGCCGACCAGAGAGAGAGAGGAGGGGGCAGACAGCGAGCAGGUUAUGCUUCCUCCCUCUCUGAGUGCAGACUAUGAUACUCCAAAGCCCAGCAAUGGAGUUGUGCGCAACCACGAGCCUGCCAACAGCCCCACCUGCUGUCAGCAACUCAGGGUGAUCCCCAAGGUGACCAAGCACCUCCUGUCGAACCCAGUGUUCACCUGCAUCAUCCUGGCGGCCUGCAUGGAGAUUGCGGUGGUGGCUGGCUUUGCAGCCUUUUUGGGGAAAUACCUCGAGCAGCAGUUCAACCUCACCACCACCUCAGCAAACCAGCUGUUAGGUAUGACAGCCAUUCCAUGUGCGUGUCUGGGGAUCUUCAUGGGCGGUCUGCUGGUGAAGAAGCUCAACCUGUCGGCGCUGGGAGCCAUCCGCAUGGCCAUGCUGGUCAACCUCAUCUCCACGGCCUGCUACGUGUCCUUCCUGUUCCUGGGCUGCGACACCGGCCCCGUCGCAGGAGUGACAGUGAAAUACGCCAAUGAGACUCUGCAGCCGGGUGAGAAACCAGAAGCUCAGUGCAUGAGUCAAUGCAACUGCUUCACCUCCUCCAUCAGCCCCGUGUGCGGCUCCAACGGCGUCACUUACCUGUCCGCCUGCUUGGCUGGCUGCACUGGAUCAGGCAGCGCUCGCACCGCGUCCAGCAUCGCUCAGAACCUGACGGGAUGCGCUUGUGUUUCCUCUGAGAGUGAAUCCGCCACAGCCGUUCCGGGGAAGUGUCCGAUGCCGGGCUGCCAGGAGGCUUUCCUCAUAUUCCUGUGUGUGAUCUGUGCCUGCAGCCUAGUGGGCGCCAUGGCCCAAACGCCCUCUGUUAUAAUCCUGAUCAGGACCGUGAGCCCUGAGCUGAAGUCGUACGCACUCGGAGUGUUGUUUCUUUUGCUCCGACUCCUCGGAUUCAUCCCCCCUCCUCUGAUCUUCGGUGCUGGGAUCGACUCGACUUGCCUUUUCUGGAGUUCGGACUGCGGCGACAGGGGUGCUUGCCUACUGUACGACAACGUAAAGUACCGGCACCUGUACGUGAGCCUCGCCAUCAUCCUCAAGGGUGUGGCCUUCCUCCUCUACACCACCACGUGGUAUUGCUUACGCAGGAACUACAAGAAAUACAUCAAAAGCCACGAGGGCCACCUGACGCCGACCGAGUUUUACCCCUCGCUUACAGACGGCCCCAAACUAGUGGACAGGACACAGUUUAUAUACAACCUAGAGGACCAUGAGUUUUGCGAAAACAUGGAGUCAGUUUUAUAGUUUGUUACACAAAAAAAGACAAUGUGGACAUUUAAAGGAAUAUUUUAUUCCUCUUUUUCUCCAAAGGAUAAAAUAAAAUUGUUUUUUUUUUUGAUAAAGGCAAUCUAUCUAAAUGGCCCGUUCAGGUCACACGCCACUCCACGUCGUCGGUAAACUUUCAAGGGUCCAUUUUAGUCGUUUACGUAUCAGCGAGGUGUCGUCCAGUGUUGCCGGUGAAUUCCUGUCUUGACUCGGUGGUAGAAGACAAACUCCAGUACUGUCUGGCCUCAGUCAUAGUUGAUUUUUAGCGAGUGGACAUGAUGCUAUUAUACAACUAGAGUUGCCAUAUUGUUUUAGGUCUGUCAUGAUUUCAGUGAUCUGUGUGAAAAAUGACAGUUUCCUUUCAGUCAGUGCACUGUGUGUUCUGUCUGUCACUCUCUCAUAAAGGAGAUUUUAUGAUUAUAUGAAAAGUUUGGUUGGUUCUUCAGUUAUUCAUAUUUAAAAGUUGCCAAGUGUUUACAGACUAAUAGUUCAUCAGUUAAAUGCAUUUUCUAAUGCAGGAAAGAGAAACACCCAGACUGGGUUGAUAUAGUGGCCUACUAGAUGUUUGAAUUGUCCGAAAAAUCAAGUGGUAUAACUUAAAACAAGGUAGUGUUUUCAUGUCAUCAUGCACUGUUGAGUUUCUCGUUCUCUUGCUGGAUCACAGGCACUUGUUUUUGAUACUGUUUAGACUAGACCAUGAGGUCUCGUCUCAUACUGUAGGUGCAAACGUGCAAUUCAUAUGAUGCAUCCAUGUUUGACUAGUUUUGUGUCAGACUGCAGGUUUUUGUUUCUCAUUCUAGCAGUUUGUUUAAUUUCCAUGUUUGGUUUUCUGCAGAGUUUAUUCAGCCUAAUGCGUCUUAAUAAGGGAUUAUUCAAAUGAGAAUGUUAAUUAUAUCUUCUUUUGACUUUUGCACCUAGGGGGAGAGCAAACAAAGAAAAAAAUAUCUCUAUCUCUUUUAAGUAAAAGAGAAGAGGAGUAAUAUAUUUGUUACAUUAUUAGGCCCAGAAUGUUUUAUUAGAUUGUAUUUGAAAAGACGGAGUAAAUUAUAUAUUAUCUAAGUGUCUGAGAUGUGUGUGUGUCACAGAAGAUUUGGGACAAUUCAUAGCGAUAGAGCUAAUAUGCUGCAAUAUUGAAGCAAACCAAAUCAACUAGGCCUGUUUAUUUCUGGAAUAAAAGUUACAGAAACGUUCCAAGAGUUUGUGUGUGUCAAGGUCAAACUAAGUGAGCAACAACACUGAAUUUAUUCCUGGAAGUGUAUUUGAAGAACUCUUUAACUCGGCACAUACUGUACGGCCUGUUAGUCUACUGAUCUCUCUGCAUUUACAGUUUUGACAUUGUCCCUUUUCUUACACUUUUUGUAUGGCAACAUAUUGUUUAUUUUACUCUGGAAAUAAAUUAUUUUUCAGAAAAUGAA